GGACAGAUACAUGUCGGCUAGUUUUGAGCGAGAUGAAGCGAGAUACUAUCAUUCUUUCUUUCUUUUAAGUUAAAUUGAUAACGUGCUUUGAAUUUCUGACUUAUAAGUCAUUCUUUGAACGUUUGGUACACUAUACAUGUGUGACACAAAUAUACUUCCAUUAACAAUUUAUUCUCUAAGAAUCUGAAAUUUUGUUCGAUAAUUCUCCUCUUACGUUUUUUAAAUUUUCAUUUAAAUAUGGUGGUCAAAGUAUAUAUAUCUGGUAUAUCUGGCAACAAAGAGGUAAAAAAACGCCAACAGAGAGUUACCAUGAUAUUGGAUAGUAAAAACAUAGAGUACAAUUUAGUAGAUAUUACAGAACCUGGGAGAGAAAAUGAUAAGGUCUACAUGCAAACUAACAGUAAAACCAAAGAUGGUUCAAAAAAUGCAUUACCUCCUCAAAUAUUCAAAAAUGAUAUUUAUUGUGGAGAUUAUGAUGAUUUUGACAUUGCAAAUGAAAUGGAUGAAUUAGACAAGUUUUUUGAUAUUUCCACCAAAAAACAACUUGAUGAUGUAUCUGAUGUGAAUGAUAUAUCCAAUAAAAUAGAUGAUCUUUUAGAAAAUACAAGUAACAAUGAAAAUGAAAAAUCUGUAGAAGAAUUCUUAAAUGAACUCGAAGAACAGUCAAAGUCUGAUGACAAUAAUAUUAAUGAAGAAGAAAAAGAUUAUGAAACGCUUGACACACAGAAUAAAUUGAACUUUACUGAUGAUAAAGACAAAGAAUCCGUCCUACUUCCAGAUGACACAAACAAUGAAAUUUUAAAUACUUCAAAAACAAAAGAAGAUACAAUAUCAGAAAAUGAAGAAGAAAUUGAAGAGUGAGAAAUAAUUUAUUACCUAAGAUGUAUUUAAGUAACUGUACAAAAUUUCAAUCCCAUCAUGCUGCCUUAUUCUAACAAGUUAUAUUUAUUAAUGUUUAUCUGAGUUAAUUUAUUUUGUAUUUUAUAAUUUAAUUUUUUUUAACAAUAUUUAUUAUCUAAUUACCAACACAUAAUUUAAUAUAUUAUUUAUUUAUUAAGAAUUAUUGGAAGAAUUAAACUCAUAAAUUACCUUCACUAUGCUUGAAUGAUUAUAGAAUUUAUUUAUAAAUAAUAUGCCCAUGACUCUAGUACAUAUAAAUAGUAUUUAUUAAAUUUAUAUUUUCAUGUACAAGAGUUUUAACCCUACGCAUUAUGCUUAGCAAAUAUUGUUUAUUUUAUUAUUAGACCUAUUGUAUAAGAUAACAAUUGUAUGAUUUAUAAUGUUAAUACUUUCAAUAUACAAAUAUUACUUAUAAUGA